GCAAACCACUGGCUUCCAGUCGUGUUUACUGUUGCUUAAAGUUCUUUAGUGCACUUUUUUGCGCCUCACAGCUGAAAGCCAGCGGACCAUGAUGGACUACAUGACGGACAAGUUUCCGCUGAAGUGUGAAGCUGGGAAGGGGACAGACUUUUACCUGGAGCCGCUCAUGGAGCCCUUAGAGAGCAUGCAGUACUACAGCAAGAGCUCCAGCAAGAGCGGUCACCAUUACGCACUGCAGAACACAGAGCACCACAGCAUUCUGGACAGAUCUUCUCCUGCUGACAACCAAACCUCAGUGGCAGCAGCUCCUCAUUACUGCAGCACGAAGGCGGAUGACGGCGGCGGACACGCGGAGCUCUCGGGGCCGCUGGAUGAGCGCUGCGGUGUGAGGACAUCACCGGGAGCAACAGCACGGGACAAAUCCGACUUAGACGAUAUUGGUGAAAAGUGUGACAGCAACGUAUCCAGCAGCAAGAAGAGACGCCACCGGACCACGUUUACGAGCGCCCAGCUCGAGGAGUUAGAGAAAGUCUUCCAAAAAACGCAUUAUCCAGAUGUGUACGUCAGGGAACAGCUGGCGAUGCGCACAGAGCUCACCGAGGCCAGAGUGCAGGUGUGGUUUCAGAACAGAAGGGCGAAGUGGAGAAAGAGAGAGCGUUAUGGACAGAUGCAGCAGGCUAAAAGUCAUUUCUCAGCCACGUAUGACAUUUCAGUUCUGCCCAGAACAGACAGCUACUCACAGAUAUCCAAUAAUUUGUGGCCAGCUCCAAGCCCUGGUGGCUCAGUGGUUUCUUCCUGCAUGCUCCCGCGUGGUUCUCCACCUUGUGUACCAUCUCCAUAUCCCCACUCACCACGAGCCCCUGAACACAAUUACAUUGGCUUCCCCAACCACCAGCAGAAUCAGUUCGGAGUCAAUCCCGUCUCCCUCAACAACUUCUUCACUGAUUCGCUUUUAGCCCCGACGCCAAACGGGCACGCGGCCUUUGAGAGCAAACCUGAGUUUGAGAGGCGCUCAUCAAGCAUCGCUGUCCUCAGGAUGAAGGCCAAAGAGCACACAGCCAACAUCUCAUGGGCUAUGUGAUCAUGGGCUCAGACUCUUAUUAUAAACAGU